GUGGGUCAAUAUAUGUAUGAUUAGUUAUCCCAUUAUAUGCAUUUUAAUUGCAAAAAUUAGAGUUCAUCCAUGAUUGACCUUUUCCAGGUAUUUGUAAGCUCUUAACAAUACUCUUUUUCUUUAAUGUUUCAAAUUUUGCUUGAUAAUGUUCCUUAUUUUUACCUGUGCUGAGCCAAGCUAUGGAACUGCAUAUGUGAGGAAUGGUAUUUAACAGGUGUACCUGGUACAUUGUUUUAAGAGUAAUUUAAUGUGAAAGGUAGCCUGUUUUCAUUGCCCAUCUCUGUUUGUUCAUCUAGGAUAAAAUGAAUCUUGCAUUUGUAGCACUAUCAUCAUAUGGGCCUAUUUUUCUAAAAAAAAAACCCUGUAGACUUUUACCAGAGUUACUAAGAUAAAUCUGCAAUAGUGAGUUUCCACAUAUGGAUUUGAUUUAUUUGCUGCAGCCUCUACUCCCAUAUUUUCUGGGCUGAAGUUAAAAUUCCAGUUCAAAAACAUGGCAUUUUCACCCUUUAUGCCUUUAGUCAGUACAUGAAUCAUAUCUAUUCUUUUAUUAUUCAUAUGUCCUUUGUUUCUGAAUGUUUUUGUUAUGUUUAUUAUCUUCUAAAGCAAUAGUAUUUGUGCUUAAAAAUAUGUGCAGUGUUUUUAUCCAGAACCAAAAAUACGGUUUGUAUCAGGCAUAGUAAUGCAUUUCUUUCUGGCGAGAGUCUCCUGAAAGAAGCUGCAUGUUCUCCUGGGCUGUCAUGGAGCCACACAAUUGAACCUGCUGUACCUGUUCACUAUAAUAAAGAGCCACUGGCUUGGUAACACAACAUGUUUGGUUUUGUUUCUCAAAACUAUGUUUAAAUGAUUAUUGAAUUACACUAGCUUGCUUGGUUUAAAUGAUUAUUGAAUUAUACUUUUUGUAUUCUAAAGUAAUAGAAAUUACAGUAUUUCCAAAUAAAAUGACUAAAGCUUGAGAAGAAUUAAAAUAUUGGGAGUAUUUUUUAAAAAGCAGGAUAAAUUGUUGAAUGACAUCUGAACAUAAAUACAGGAAAUGAUAUGCAAGGAUGUGAGCACAAUGGGUUGAUUGUUUAGAUGCAAAACCAAGCAUCUUAAGCAACAGUCUGGUGCAAAUAUUUACACUGCAUCCAUAAUAUCAAUAUACCUAGAAUCCAAAACAAGGCUGCAGUGUGAUAAAUUGUUGCUUGCCUUGGUUUAUACAAACAAAUGGAGAAAGGUUUUUAAAAUACCAUAUAUAGCUGUCUGUACAGGGCUUCAGAUUGAAAUAAGUUCAAAGACUGAAUACUUGGAUAGCUCUACUAAAAACUUUUUUGAAGGAUGAUGCUCAGUUGUAUAAGGCAGCUAUGCAGUCCCAGGAAAAGACAGUUUUAAAGAAAUGCAGUCCUGUACUAUAUUUGUACCUUCAAACCCAAAGUACUGCAGAGCUUUAUCCUACAUUACCUAAAUUGUAUUAUUUAUUGAGUACUUGGUUAUAUAAUAAUUGUCCAUAGAAAAGAUAGAGUAGGAAGCUGUUUUCAUAGAUACAUAAGGCUAGAGGGAGCCAUUUAGAUAAAAAUUCAAACUCUUGUUUUGUGCAGUAAUUCCAAUUAAUAUAUGGAUUACAAAUGUUUAUCCAAACCUACAUACAUGCACUGAGCAAAGAAUGAAAAUUGACUCAAAUUGUUAUAAUGGUAGGACUUCUGUCCUAACAGUCAAAGAAUUCUGUUUUUCUUUAGCUUAAAUAUGUUAUGCCUUGUCCUAAAAUCUGAAAUAACAGGAGACAGAUUGACCUCUUAUGUGACAUUUUUAAGGUACUGCACCUGCUCCCCACCCCCCUUUCCCCCCGUCCUCUCAAGACAAAACUUUAAAAAGUUCUUUCUUAGUUUCCAGGCUUGGAAAAGUUUUCAUUUUCUGUUUCAAAUUUACUCCACUUUGCCUGAGUCCUCUUUAAAAUUAGGAAUGAAGAACUAAAUGAUUUGGAAAUUAAUACAGUGAAAAUUACUAUUUCCUUCUUUGUUACUGUAUUACACAGCUGUUUUUAAAAGCAUUUGUAUGUAUGUGUAUUUAUAUUUGUAUACACAUACAAACAUAUACAUAUACAGUACAUAUAUACAUACUUGCAAGCCAAAAAUGAAUUAGAGGUAUGAGGGGAUUACACAAUUUAUUGUUUCAUUAAUAGGAUUGUACCUUUUCAGUAUGGGGUGGAAUAUAUUUAAUUUUAAUUGGAUGUGACAUUUAACAUAAGGUGCCCGGAGAGAACCUCUCUGGAGAGGAGAGGAUUAGUUAACAUUACCCUACUAGAGGGUUAAAUCUUUUGUUAUUUCAAUUAUAACAGUGCUGUAGUCAUUUUUGUUAUAUCAUUUUAAUAAAAUGGAAGAAAAUACCUGUUGGCUGUUUCUGAGAAAUGCUAUAGGUAUGUUAUAGGUAGACAAACUAGGACAUUUCAGGGACAAAAUAUAAAUUUUAUUUUUCCUGCACAAGCUAAGAAUGUCUGUCAUAUCGAUGUGCUUAGGCUGUGGAAUGUCGAAAACUAAGAGGUAUAGUAUUCCUUCAGUAAUUUCAUUUUAUAUGUGAUCUCUAAUUGUGAUUUUAUCAAAAUACUGAGGAAGUAGACCUAUUCAGAAUGAUUUUCUUUCUAUAACUGAACAUUUGAAACAUAGUUUAUAUGUAUAUUAUAUAUGCCCUAAUUUGUCAGUUAUGUAUGAUUUCCUUAUAGCUUUUCCAAAAUGUAGCUUUUCCUUUAAACGAUUGUGCUCGUUUUAUGUGUACAUUUAAGUUAUCUUUAAUUCAACAAAUUCUUUAUAUUACACUAAAGUAGAAAUAGUAGCUUCAUACACUAUUUGAUCUGUUUCAUGGUGGUUAAAAAAAUAAAAGGCAGUUUAAGAUUGAAAAAUAUUAACACAGUUACGGUAUUUGUUUGCACAUUACAUAGUUGAUAUGAAAAAUCAUUUUUAUAAAAGCUCAUCGGGCAUUAGGAAAAUAGUAGGGAGCAAUGAUUAUCUUAUUCAGAAUAUGCACAGGAUAAUUACAUGUUGCAUCAUACAAUGUGAUAAUUGCUCAGUGUUCUUUUAAAAAAAAAAUAUUAUGGUUGGUCUCACAGUGAGACAUGCUGGCAUUUUUAUUAUUACAAGUAGAAAGAUGGCUGAAGAGCAGCUUUAAUGGCUGGAUCCUGUGCAUGGUGCAGUCUUGCUUAAGUACUACCAUUCCAGAUUUUUAAUUCUCCUCAAAUUUGCUUAUAAUCCUAUAUAGCGUUUCAAGCCAGGCAAAGAGGAGAAUGGAGACCAGGAAAAUAGGAACCAAGAAAGCCCCUUAAAUGCCAUUAUUACAGAAUGGAAGCAUCAUGCCUGGAGCUUGCCUUGGAAGGGGAACGUUUAUGUAAAGCAGGGGAUUGUCGAGCUGGAGUAUCUUUCUUUGAAGCUGCAGUUCAGGUUGGAACAGAAGACUUAAAAACACUCAGUGCUAUUUAUAGCCAGUUGGGCAAUGCCUAUUUCUACUUGCAUGAAUAUGCAAAAGCUUUGGAAUAUCAUCAUCAUGAUUUAACUCUUGCAAGAACAAUUGGGGAUCAACUAGGAGAAGCUAAAGCUAGUGGCAACUUGGGAAAUACCUUAAAGGUCCUUGGGAACUUUGAAGAAGCAAUUGUUUGCUGUCAGAGGCACCUUGAUAUUUCGAGAGAUCUAGGUGAUAAGGUGGGAGAAGCAAGAGCUUUGUAUAAUCUUGGAAACGUGUAUCACUCCAAAGGGAAAAGUGUUGCCUGUGCAGGUACCCAUGAUCCAGGGGAAUUUCCAGAUGAUGUUAAAACUGCCUUGAGGAAAGCUGCAGAUUAUUAUCAGGAAAACUUGACAAUUGUAACAGAAUUGGGGGAUAGAGCUGCCCAAGGACGUGCCUAUGGAAACUUGGGAAAUACACAUUAUCUUCUGGGCAACUUUCAAAGUGCUGUUACUGCCCAUGAACAGCGCCUUUUGAUUGCAAAAGAAUUUGGUGAUAGAGCUGCAGAAAGAAGAGCCUACAGUAAUCUUGGAAAUGCCUUUAUUUUCCUGGGAGAAUUUGAAACUGCUGCUGAAUAUUAUAAAAAAACAUUACAGCUUGCAAGGCAGCUUAAAGAUAGGGCUGUGGAAGCACAGGCGUGUUACAGCCUUGGAAAUACCUAUACCUUACUUCAGGAUUAUGAGAAGGCCAUAGAUUAUCAUCUGAAACAUUUAGCAAUUGCUGAAGAACUAAACGACAGAAUUGGUGAAGGAAGAGCAUGCUGGAGUUUAGGGAAUGCAUGCACAGCUUUGGGGAACCAUGAUCAAGCUAUGCAUUAUGCAGAAAAGCACUUAGAUAUUUCAAGAGAGGUUGGAGAUAAGACUGGAGAAUUAACAGCUAAACUUAACCUCUCAGAUCUUCAAAUGGUACUUGGUCUUAGUUUCAGCACAAACAACUCAAUGACUGAAAAUCAGAUUCCAGAUUAUAACUUGAAUGGCACUAGACAAAGGUUAGGACGUCGCCACAGUAUGGAAAAAUUGGAACUUAUGAAACUAACACCUGAGAAGGUUCAGGAUUGGAACAGUGAAAUUCUAGCUAAACAGAAACCAUUGGUUCCCAAACCUUCAGCAAAACUGCACUUUGUAAAUCGAUUGAAAGGGAAAAAAUACAAAAAUAUUACUUCUUCUAAAGUUCUUCAGGAUACUAGUAACUCUAUUGACCAUCGACUAAAUUCACAGAAGAAAAUCAGUUUAGAAGUCCCUGGAGACGAAGGAUUUUUUGACUUGUUGAGCCGAUUUCAGAGCAACCGAAUGGAUGACCAGCGAUAUUGUUUCCAGGACAGGAACAGACUGACAGUGAUGACUUCUGCCACACCAUCCAGAAUUAUGCAAAGAUCCUUUUCUGCUUCAGUGCUCUCUCCACAUACAGAUGAAUUUUUAGAUAUGCUUGCUAGUUCUCAGAGUAGACGUUUAGAUGAUCAGCGAGCCAGUGCUAGCAAUUUACCUGGACUUCGUUUUAAUCAGCAUAAUAGUCAGUCAGUCCUUGGUCACCUGAUGGCCAGCAAGAACAGUGAACCAGAUGAUGACUUCUUUGAUAUAUUAAUAAAAUGCCAGGGCUCUCGAUUAGAUGACCAGAGAUGUGAACCACCACCAAACAUUCCAAAAGGGCCAACUGUUCCUGAUGAAGAUUUCUUCAGCCUUAUUUUGAGAUCGCAGGGGAAAAGAAUGGAUGAACAGAGAGUCUUUCCACCAUCACCCUCCCCCAGCUAUGCCACCGAAGUCAUUUUGGAAGACCCUCCAAAGAAAUUGGAUAAAUUCCAGAGAAAUUGCAUUUAAAUCAACUUGAAUGGU